ACGCCUACUAAAACUGCAAAGAUAAAAAAUGACAAGAGGAACAAGCUGUGCUGGUUGGGAUGGUACUGUCCUUUGGAUUAGUUUUGGGCUCAUUUUUGUUGGAUUGGCGGUGUUCGUGUUCUUCUCUUUCCUGAAUAGGAGAAGACGUUUGAAAAAGAACUGCUGCUGUGGAACCCCUGGACUAUUCCCGCCUUUGGAUUUUUUGACCGGUCAUCCCAGUAGGCUAGUACUAACACUAACAUUAAUGGCACUCUCUGGGCAUGUAGUGCAAAACACAAUACUCCAGCCAGUCCUGUUUACUGACCGCAGCAACACUGUUAGUCAAAUAAUAUCUGCUGUUGUUCGAUUGGGAUGGAUCGUGUAUGCUGCCUUCCUGUUCCUACCAUCAGUCACGUGUUCAGCUACUGUGAUACCAAUCAUUGGCUAUACAAUAGGGUCUCUCUAUACAGGAUUAUUGAUUGUGUGGUACGCAUUGUGGGUGCACUCCUUUAGGCUAGGUUGCCUUUAUUUUUCAACAGAAAUUACGGUUGACACACCCGAGAUAUCAACAACUGUGGUUGGUAUCACACCAGUGAUACUCUGUCUUGCUGGUGUACUGAUCUGGUAUGUGGUGUCACUCGUGAAGGAAAUUUGGAAAAAAAUUAAAGGACAGAGCAGCUGGAUUCAGUCUCAUCCAACCCUUCACUUUAACAGCUACAAAUAUUUAAAGUUUUUAUUAAACAAAGAGAAGACACUUGAUAAUAGGAAGGAUCUGGCUAUGAGAAGUGGAGUAUUACAUAAAAUAAAGAAUAAAAUUUACACUAAUCGACCAGGAUUUGCAUAUCCUCUGAGACUUAUAGUAUCAUUGGGUGGAGCUUCCAUUGUACUGUUUGAGCUUUCGUUUUUGCUCAUCACACAAUUCUUAACAAUCACUGACAAUAUUCUCAUGAGAUUGGACACCAUUGCUAACAACAGCUGCAAUGAUCCUACCAGCAUCAUGGAUAGCACUAAUAACACUCUACUGUGUGAUUUUCUUGAAUAUAGACAAGAUAUUAUUAUUGGAUUUUCUGUAUUUUUAAUAAUGGGCCCAUUCAUUGCCUUUCCAUUUUCUCUACUUCAGUUGCUGCCUAUUUUGAAGAAUGCAAGGACUCAUUUGCUCCAGGGAUUCAAAGGGGAUAAAAGCUUUAUACCAAAAGGUGUCGAAUUCUCUCCAUCAUUUAUCAUAGCGUCUACUAUAAAAUAUCCUGGCUAUCAAAUCGGGUACAUUGUGCUAGGUUGGAUGCUAUAUGCUCUUACAGUUUGGCUGUUUGGUGUACUCCUUUUAGCAGUUGUGUUUGCAUUUGUGUAUGCAUAUGCAGCAGUUCUACUCAUCAUUAGCUCAAUUAUUUUAACAAUAAUCAUCAAUAUUUUUAUUCAAGUUCUGAUAAACGUGACAUGUAAGUUUGUGUUUGUUGAAGAAAAAGGAAAAGAACAGAUCAUCCUUACUAACAAGCGUCUAUACCACAUUACUAGUUAUCUAUUGUAUUGCUAUAAUGGACUACUCGGCUUGGGCUCUUCCAUUGGACGUAUGGUCUUUGCAGCUGGACAGGGAUUGGUCUUAGCACCAAGACUUGAUAUAUCUGGAAUGAAGAAACCAAAUUUAGAUAAAGGCCAUUUGACGUACUUGGGCUUUAUACAGUUGGAGUUGAUACAGAACAAUGCUAUUGUUCAUGUCUUUGUUGAUAUAUUGUCAGAAAGUGUCAAAGAACGAAAUAGAAACGGACAACAUAAAGAGAAAUUCAAUUACCUACAAGCUCAGGAGAGUGGUGAAAAUCGACGAUCUGUGACAGUUGAAAUAAAUGGAGGCAGCAUUGAAGAGCUGGAGAGUUAUUCAGAGGCAAAGCAAGGUCAUUCUAGUACAAUAGUUUCAGCUACUGUGUAUGACUUGUUUGGAGGAUCAAGGCCAAGAGUGUCACAGAGAGCUUUCAAUCGAUGGCAUUUAGCCUACAUGCUAAUGAAGAAUCCUUCAAUUAGGAACACUAGGAGCUGUACUCUGAAUGAGUUUAAAUAACUGGUGCAUUUUUAUUGAAAAUAAAUUAAAAAGAAUUUUUUAAUUAUUUUAUUGUAAUUAGUUGUUUUGUCUCUUUUUUGGUGCAGUUAAAUUAUCUUCUAUUUCUUCCUCUGCCCUAUA